GUUAAUAAAGUCCCAGCUACAGCGGGGUAGGGUUCGGCUCUAGUGCACUCGCAGCUGAAUCCCCCUGCGUGCCUUUACCUCCCAUUCACCUGAUUCUUCUUUUUCAAGUUCUGACGCAUCCGUUUCAUAGUUUUAUCUUCCUCGCUCUUUUACUCUUUCCUUUCUUCGCAGCUCAGCAUGCAGGAAAAAGAAGCCUCCCCACACGGAUUCCUGCCUAGGUUCCAGCAUUUCGCCACGCAGGCCAUCCACGUGGGCCAAGAACCGGAGCAAUGGACCUCCCAGGCUGUAGUGCCCCCCAUCUCGCUGUCCACCACGUUCAAGCAAGGGGCUCCUGGCCAGCACUCGGGUUUUGAGUAUAGCCGUUCUGGAAAUCCCACCCGAAAUUGCUUGGAAAAAGCAGUGGCGGCACUGGAUGGGGCUAAGUACAGUUUGGCCUUUGCUUCAGGUUUAGCAGCCACUGUGACUAUUACCCAUCUCUUAAAAGCAGGAGACCAAAUUAUUUGUAUGGAUGAUGUGUAUGGAGGUACAAACAGGUACUUCAGGCAGGUGGCAACUGAAUUUGGAUUAAAGAUUUCUUUUGUUGAUUGUUCCAAAACCAAAUUGCUAGAGGCAGCUAUUACACCAGAAACCAAGCUUGUUUGGAUUGAAACCCCCACAAACCCUAGCUUGAAGAUGAUUGACAUUGAAGCCUGUGCACAUACGGUCCAUAAACAUGGAGACAUCAUUUUGGUUGUGGAUAACACUUUUAUGUCAGCAUAUUUCCAGCGGCCUUUGUCUCUGGGAGCUGAUAUUUGUAUGUAUUCAGCAACAAAAUACAUGAAUGGCCACAGUGAUGUUGUAAUGGGCUUAGUGUCGCUGAAUUCUGAGAGCCUUCAUAAUAGGCUCCGUUUCUUGCAAAACUCUCUUGGAGCAGUUCCAUCUCCUAUUGACUGUUACCUCUGCAAUCGAGGUCUGAAGACUCUACAGGUCCGCAUGGAGAAGCAUUUCGAAAAUGGAAUGGCAGUUGCUCAGUUUUUGGAGUCGAAUCCUCAGGUGGAAAAGGUUAUUUAUCCCGGGCUGCCUUCUCAUCCUCAGCAUGAGCUAGCCAAGCGUCAGUGCACAGGUUGCCCGGGGAUGAUCACCUUUUAUAUCAAGGGCUCUCUUCAACAUGCUGAAACUUUCCUCAAGAACCUAAAGUUAUUUACUCUGGCUGAGAGCUUGGGAGGAUAUGAAAGUCUUGCUGAGCUUCCGGCAAUCAUGACCCAUGCAUCAGUGCCUAAGAGCGACAGAGAAGUCCUUGGAAUUAGUGAUACACUUAUUCGACUCUCGGUGGGCUUAGAGGAUAAACAAGACCUACUGGAUGAUCUAGAUCAAGCUUUGAAGGCAGCUGUAAGUUUUGUUUUAGUUAUGUGUGUGUUUGUGUGUGCAUGUGUGUGUGUGCUUAAUCUUGAUGGUGGUGGGGGGGGGGAGUCACUAUGUUUAUAGAGUGUCCUCACUGUUCUCUCUGUAAAGGUUUUUUCUUCUCUUAUUACAAUAAUGUGUAUAAAUGUGCAAGGAACUCAGUCCAAAGUGCAGAUUUAAAAGAAGGUAGUCAUCAGAAAAGAAUUCUUGGAGGAGGUGAAGUCUUCUGGAGGUUUAAUAACAUACUUUUCUUGUGCACCAUUAAUACAGCACCCUCCAAAUGCAAGCUGCAACUAGCAUCCCAGAACUGCUGUUGGUGAUUGCUUCCUGAGACGAUCAAAUCUGAAUAAUUGAAUGGAUCAUUAAUGAGCCUCCACAGAAUUUUCAAAUGAAAAUUUUAAGGCACCUCAUUACCUUUCACAGCUAUAAUCUUCUUGGAUCAUCCCUGUUUAAAAAAUCUCCUCUUUCCUUUAUUGUAGUUGACAGGUCAAUUCUGUUCAGAUCUUUUUAUUAAUUUUGAUAUACAUGUGCCUCUGAAGGAGGUGAGAUUUGUGCUGCUACUGGGGAUUGUGUUCUUUUUUUCAAGUUGAAGAUUUAUAUUGAUCAUGUUUACAAUAUAAUGGUAAUGCAUUUUUGAUGUUUUCUGAGGAAUUUAAAUUAUUGAAUAAAUGUUCUUAAGUCAAGUGUGAUUUUUGUAUUGUUGAAAAUAGCACUCAAAGCAAUGGUUUACACUUAUCAUAAGCCAAAAAUCAAAUAUCUGAAAAGUCUGUGAAAUUCUACUGAUUUAAGGUUGUACUUACUAUUUUUUUAAGAAUAAAUCUAAUUGCCACAUGUA